AUGGUCAAGGAACACGACUUCAAGAAAUGCCAUCAAUCCGGUUUCUGUAAGAGGAACCGAGCAUUUGCAGACCACGCUGUUGGAGCAGGUUCCUCAUGGCAAACUCCGUACAACAUUCUUCCCGAGUCAACAUCCUUCAAAGAUGGUCAAUUGCAGGCUGUGAUCCUGAAGACGAUCAACGACCAAGGCGAAACAGUCCGCUUACCUAUCACCGUGUCCUUUUUGCAGUCUGGAACUGCUCGAGUUACCGUGGAUGAGGAGAAGAGGCAACAGAAGGAUAUUGAGCUGCGACAUAAUAGCAUCGCACGGAAGGAGAGAUACAAUGAGGCCGAGAGCUGGGUCAUCGUUGGCGGCUUGACCUUAGACAAGGAUGCAAAGGUUGCACAAGAAGACAAGUCACAUAUCGCUAUCAAAUAUGGACCUAGUGCCAAUUUUGAGGCUGUCGUGAAGUUCUCGCCUUUCGGAAUUGAUUUCAAAAGAGACGGAACAUCACAGAUCAAGUUCAACGACAGAGGUUUGUUGAAUUUCGAGCACUGGCGGCCCAAGGUUGAUAAGGUUGAGCCUGAGAAGAAGGAAGGUGAGGAGAAUCAAGAUGCCAACAAUACAAACGAGGAGAAGAAGGAGGAGACUCCCAAAGGCGAGGAUGAGAGUACCUGGUGGGAAGAGACCUUUGGUGGCAACACCGAUACCAAGCCUCGAGGCCCUGAGAGUGUUGCUCUCGAUAUUUCUUUCAUGGGCUUCGACCAUGUGUACGGCAUUCCCUCACAUGCAGGCCCUCUGGGUCUGAAGGAGACCCGUGGUGGAGACGGGAACUACGAAGAACCCUACCGUUUGUACAACGCAGACGUGUUCGAGUAUAUUCUCGAUAGCCCCAUGACACUGUAUGGUGCAAUUCCACUCAUGCAAGCUCAUCGGAAAGACUCCCACGUUGGAGUAUUCUGGCUGAACGCAGCCGAGACUUGGAUUGAUAUCACCAAAGCUAAAGAACACAAGAACCCUCUGGCUAUUGGCACCCAUGCGAAGACGAACACGCAUAGCCACUGGAUAUCGGAGAGCGGUCUUCUAGAUGUGUUUGUAUUUCUUGGACCGACUCCCCAGGAUGUUACGAAGAAUUAUGGUGAACUUACGGGCACUACAGCCAUGCCCCAAGAAUUUGCUCUUGGCUAUCACCAAUGCCGCUGGAACUAUGUUUCUGACGAGGAUGUUAUGGAUGUCGAUCGCAAGAUGGACAAGUCCAAGAUUCCGUACGAUGUCAUUUGGCUCGAUAUUGAGUACACUGACGGCAAGAAGUACUUUACCUGGGAGCCGAACAUGUUCAAGGAUCCGAUUGGGAUGGGCAAACACCUUGACCAGCAUGGACGAAAACUGGUCACCAUCAUUGACCCACACAUCAAGAACGAGGCCAACUAUCACGUUGUGUCCGAGCUCAAAUCGAAAGACUUGGCUGUCAAGAACAAAGAUGGUAACAUAUUUGAAGGCUGGUGCUGGCCCGGAUCUUCGCAUUGGAUUGAUGCUUUCAACCCGGCCGCGAUCAAAUGGUGGACGACUCUCUUCAAGUAUGACGCCUUCAAGGGUACUAUGGAAAAUACUUUUAUUUGGAACGAUAUGAAUGAGCCUUCUGUUUUCAAUGGUCCGGAGACUACCAUGCCGAAGGACAAUCUUCAUCACGGAGGGUGGGAGCAUCGUGAUGUGCACAACAUCAACGGAAUGACCUUCCACAACGCAACUUACGAGGCUCUCCUGACCCGUAAGUCUGGCGAACUUAGACGCCCCUUCGUCCUGACUCGCUCCUUCUUCGCUGGGUCUCAGCGUGUCGGUGCCAUGUGGACUGGUGAUAAUCAGGCUUCUUGGGACCAUUUGGGAGCUGCUAUCCCCAUGAUUCUCAGUCAAGGCAUAUCUGGAUUCCCAUUCUCGGGUGCUGAUGUUGGUGGGUUCUUUGGCAACCCCGACAAAGAUCUGCAAACGCGGUGGUACCAGGCAGGCGCUUUCUAUCCGUUCUUCCGUGGCCAUGCUCACAUUGACGCCCGCCGUCGUGAGCCUUACCUCUUAGGCGAGCCGUAUACUCCCAUUAUCACCGCAGCACUACGUCUUCGUUAUAGCCUGUUGCCGUCAUGGUACACCGCCUUCUAUCAGGCGCAUCAAGACGGAACACCGAUUGUCCGCCCUAUGUUCUACACAAACCCUUCGGAAGAGGCUGGUUUCGAUGUCGAUGAUCAACUGUUUAUUGGCGGUACAGGCCUCCUCGCCAAGCCUGUCGUGGAACAGGGCAAAGAGUCUGUCGACAUCUUCAUUCCCGAUGACGAGGUCUACUAUGACUAUUUCACCUAUGAGAUUGUGCCGACCCAUAAGGGAAAGAAAACAACUCUAGCUGCCCCUCUUGACAAGAUCCCGCUUCUCAUGCAAGGCGGACAUAUCUUCCCUCGCCGUGACCGUCCUAGACGAUCAACCGCCCUCAUGAAGUGGGAUGAUUAUACUUUGGUAGUCACUGUUGGUAAGAAUGGCCAGCACGCAGAAGGCGAGCUGUACACCGAUGAUGGCGACAGCUUCGAUUACGAGAAGGGCCAAUACAUCCACCGCAAGUUCGUGCUUGACGGCUCGGCACUCAGCUCUAGUGAUGCUGAGGGCCGCGAUGUGAAAUCUAUCAAGGAGGGGGCGUGGCUGAAGGGCAUGCGCGAGGUCUUUGUUGACAAGGCCAUCAUUGUUGGAGCCCCGUCUUCGUGGGCCAGCAAGAAGGAGGUCACUGUCGAGUCGGAGGGUAAGACCUGGACAUCUCCCAUCGACUACACACCGGCGGAGGGUCACCGUGCCGCCUAUGCAGUCGCUCGGAGGGUCGGAGCUCGCAUUGGCGCCGACUGGACUGUUUCAUUUGCGUAA